ACUUUAAAACCCCUUUUUCUCUUCAUCUACUUCUCUUUCUUUCCUCUCUUCUCUCCAGAAAAUACUCUACUCUGCUUCUCACUCUGUUUACUUACCUAAGCUCUCAUUCUCUCAACCAAUCACUGCUCGACACGUCAUUCUCAGCUUCAGUCCAGGGUUUCUCUUCUUCUUCUUCUUUGAAUUUCGAUUCUCGCCGGAAAAUGCCGCCAGCCGCGGUGGAUGUCCGGUCACCGAUUGCCUCUCCUCCACCGACUAUGCAAAACCCUAGCUCUUCUUUCCCCCAAUCCACACAGACUGAAUCGCCUUUCAAUUUCCGGACAGCUUUUGGUGAUGGAGGCGGCGAUCGUGAAAUGGAGGUGCCGCCGCAGCCGUCGGGGAGGUCUCGACCGAGGCUUGUGAAGGUGAGGAGGCAGGUUGGAGCUCAGCAUGCGAGGUCGAGGAUUGGUUCGAGUGAGGUUGGGCUGGGUUUUAAUCCGUUUUGUUCGUCGAAUGGGGAUAGUGCUUCCAGUAAGGAGAAUGGAAGUGUAGGGUUUGGUUUUGAUAGUAUUCGGAGUGGUCUAAGCGAGGGUUUGGGUUCUGUGGAGGGACAUAGACAGUUAAGCUCUGAUGAGUCUGGGAAGUCGAAUAUUGGCAAUGGAAUGGGUUUUGUGUUUGGGGCCAAGGAAAAUGAUACCACAAGGGAUUUUCUCGGGGAAAAGGAGCAAGCUUUUAGAAAUGGGAGAGAAGUUGUUUCUGAUGGUACGGAGAUAAAGAAAACAGAGUCUGAACCAGUAAGCGGAAAGUUUGGGGGUUUUGAAUUUGGCAAUAAUUGGAAUGGGUUAGGUUUGAAUUCUAAUAUGGAAAAAACAGAAUAUGGUGAUUUUGCUAAGAAUUUGAACUCUGAUGUAAAUGGAAAGAUGAAACCUGAGACUGGAGCAGAGUGUUCAAAGGAUAGCAAUGUGGGUUUUGUGUUUGGAGCCAGUCUUAAUGGGUUGAGCUCAAAUUUGAAUUUGAAAGUAGGAGAGGACAGAAAAUCUAGUUCGGAGUUUGUGUUUGGUGCUAGUUGGUGUACUUCUGAAUCGAAUUCGAGUUCGGAGAAGAGAGAUUCCGGUGAUAUCGAAAAAGAAGUUCCCAGCAAAGUUAAUACUAAUGAGAGUUCGAAUUUGUAUAAAAAUUUAGGUGCUUUUGUAUUUGGAAGUAGCAAUAGGAAAAGUUCUGGCUUGACUGAGACUUUAGGGAAUUUCCAUGGCAAUGUUGAAAGUGAUAAGUGUAAAUGUCGACAUGAAAAUAGUGAUAACAUUGCUAAUAUUUCUGAUGAGAUGAGGAAGUUGAAUAUUGAUGCUUCUGUAAAUGUUCCUGGGACUAUGAAAGCUGAAGAUUCGAAUUCGAAACCGUUUUUCAAUGUUGGGACAGCUUCCAAGUCAAGAAGAUUUGUAAAGGUUUCUAGACCAAGUAGCAAAGGUACUUUUUGCUCUAGUAGACAUGUAGAAACUAAUUAUUGUGGUAAGAGUUUUGAAGGUCCUUCUGUUGAUGUGGAAGUCACCAAUGGGAGUAGCUCAAAGACAAAUGAUGCAACAUCAGGUAUAUCUAAUUCUGAGCCAUUUACUUUUCAAGCGGGAUUUGUUGAGAAUGAUAAUGUUGGGCAGUUUCAUAAGAGUGAAUCAAUUGAUAAUAUAGAAGCAAAUGUAGGUUCCUCACAGUCUUCAUUUUCGACUAAUAAUCUCGAGUCCCAACAUAGUGUUUUUGAAGCACCUUCUGUUGGAGUAGAAAAGGACUAUGUUAACAGUUCUACUACUACCAGUACUCAAGAUGGAUUGGGAGUGGGAGGGUCAUCUAUGGAGUUCAAAACUCCAGCAUGUGAUCCUUCAUCCCUUAAGGAUAGCUUAUUUCCUAAAGUAGAUAAGAAACCACAAUUCAUUGUAAAGAAUAGGACAAUCAAGGAUAAAAGAUUUAGGGAUACAAAGCAUAAGUCGAAAAAGCCUUCGGUUAAUCAACGGCUUGGCCAAGAUCAUGCCUCUAAGCAAAGCAGUUCCCAAGAAAUUCCAAACUCUCCUGAAUGUUAUUCCCCCAUGGAUUUCUCUCCCUAUCAAGAAAGUACUAUGCCUGAUGAGCACUCAAGAGAAACUUCUGCAGCAUCAAAUGGGUCCUUCUACCAAGACAAUAAUUGUAAAACCUGUUCAUCAGAUGUACCUGUACCUGCUGAUCUUGGAGUUGAUCAGGAAUCUAUACAAGAAAAGGAAAAUGUUGCAUGUCAUGAUGGAUCAUCUCUUCAGAAGUGUCCAUCAGUUUCUAAGGCUGAAUUUUCCUGUCCCGAUGCCCGAACAGAGCAAGCUGGCUGCCACAGUGGUGUUGGUUUGUCUUCGUUGGAAUCUAUAGCAAAUUAUAGAUCAGACCCAGAGAAUCAAGAAAACAGUUCUACAACACAGUUCUAUUUUACUUCAGGUCUGGAAGAUAAGGAGAGAAGUUUUAUGUUUUCUGCAACACCCUCUGGGCAGGAGAGAUUAUCUGCAAAAAAGCAUCGAUUUAGAAGGAAGAUUAGGAGUGGUGUUGGUCGUGAUUCUUCUGCUGUUUCUUCAAGCUCAAAUCAAUCUUCGUCCAAUGCAGCAGGCAAAUUUGAAGCAAGUAAACAGGUCAACCAAGGGCAUAGUGCCUCAGCUGAAAUUCAAGAAACCUGUGAGAAAUGGCGACUCAGGGGAAAUCAAUCUUACAAAGAUGGGGAUCUUGCAAAGGCCGAGGAGUUUUACACACAGGGGAUUAUUUCUGUACCUUCAAGUGAAAGAUCAGGUUCCUGUCCUAAGCCACUUUUGCUCUGCUACAGCAAUCGCGCGGCAGCUCGCAUGUGUCUUCUAAGAAUAAGGGAAGCAAUAGGCGACUGCAUGAUGGCUCUUGCAUUAGAUCCCAACUUUCUCAAAGCUCAAUUAAGAGCUGCAAACUGUCAUCUUGUGCUUGGGGAGAUUGAAAAUGCGUUACAAUUCUUCAAUCGGUGCUUGGAUGUAGGGGCAGGUGUGUGUUUGGACCGGAGAAUCAUAUUAGAUGCAGCUGAUGGUCAGCAGAAGGCUCAGAAAGUGGCCGAUUGUAUUGGUCAAUCCACUAAACUUUUGGAACAGAAAAAUCCCGAUGCAGCUCUCAGUGCUUUGGAAAUAAUUUCUCAAGCCCUAUCGAUUAGUUUGUACUCAGAAAAGUUACUCAAAAUGAAAGCCGAGGCUCUGAUAGUGUUGAAGAGGCAUGAGGAAGCAAUUCAACUGUGUGAAAAGAGUUUAUCUUUUGCCGAAAAGAAUUUUUCUUCAGGAGUGUCAUUGGUAGCAAAUCUAUAUGGUUCUGUUGGUGAACAUCAUUCAUUUGAGAGAAUAUGGCGAUGGUGCUUGAUAUCUAAGUCUUACUUUUAUUUGGGAAGGCUCGAGGCUGCUCUUCCUAUACUUGAUAAACUGAAGCAAAUCGGAUCUUUAGAGGACGAGUCUGCAAAAAAGGAGCUGGAGUCAUCAACCCUGCUGGCAGCUACUAUACGUGACCUUUUACACCAGAAGAAUGCAGGUAAUGAAGCGUUUAAAUCAGGAAAAUAUUCAGAAGCAGUGGAGCAUUACACUAUCGCCCUUUCUAGCAAUGUUGAAUCACGGCGAUUUGCAGCUAUCUGUUUUUGCAAUCGUGCUGCAGCACACCAAGCUCUGGGUCAGAUUGCUGAUGCCAUUGCUGACUGUAGUUUGGCCAUAGCACUAGAUGGAAAUUAUGCAAAGGCAGUUUCUAGAAGAGCUACCUUACAUGAAAUGAUUCGAGACUAUAGCCAGGCAGCCACUGACCUCCAGAGACUCAUCUCCAUUCUCGAAAGCCAAUCUUCCAACAAGACCAACGAGCAUGGCUCGUCCGGUAGAUCCACAGGCAAUACAAAAGAUUUAAGGCAAGCUCAAAUGCAUCUACAAAUAAUGGAGGAAGAAUCUAAGAACGGAAUCUCCUUGGACUUCUAUCUCAUUUUGGGUAGUAAACAAACCGAUGCAAGUGCGGACAUUAAGAAAGCAUACCGUAAAGCAGCUCUGAAACAUCACCCUGACAAGGCUGGCCAGUUCCUUGCAAGAAGUGAUAGUGGAGACGAGGGGCGACUUUGGAAGGAAAUCUCCCAGGAGAUCCACAACGAUGCUGACCGCCUUUUUAAAAUGAUUGGAGAGGCAUAUGCAGUACUUUCAGACCCUGCCAAGCGUUCCCAGUAUGAUACCGAUGAGGAGAUACGAAAAGCUUCAAAGGGAAGCAGCAGCAGCAGUAAUGGAAGACAUUCAGAUGCUUGUAGUUCUGGAAGCAGUGGUUUCAGACAUGAAUUCCGUAGCUCACCAUUUGGGAGAAGUUCAUACAGACGCGAUUUCAGGGAUAACUGGAAGACUUAUGGGAACUCAUACUCAUCAUACUCUAGAUGGUAACAAAACAGGAGAGACCAGAAACAAAAUUCUUUUCCAACUUCCCAAAGGUUAGCCGAAAAUCAUUGGGAAUCGAAUCGACUGACCAAUGGUGGUGUUGGAGUUGCACUUUUGGGAUCGAAUCUGGUUGGUAUGGAUUGGUCGGUCGGUGUCGGUCUGAAACGACAGUUAUUCUUUACACAAAGUUGCAAAUUUCAUGUAUAUGAUUGAUUCAACCUCAAAAGCCAAUAUGCUAAUUCUGACCAAAACUUGUCCAUUCUUUUAGUAUUCAUCAAUUUUGAAGGAAGAAAAGAAAUGUUGAAUUUUCUUUCUUUCAUUUUUUCAUGUAUUCUUGCUGUUAUUUAUUUCAGCAGUAAGAAGGAAAGCUUUCUUGCCCAAUUUCAAUUAUUCAUUGAAUCUCAUAAA